AUGAUGACGACAUCGCCGUGGGACCUGUGGUACUCCACAAGCUGCUGUCUAUGCUGUCAUGUCCGCACUGGAACCUUCAUUUUGGGGGUCUGGUACAUGCUCAUCAACGCUGUGGUGUUACUCAUCCUGCUCACAGCACUCAGUGAUCCAGAGAAGUACCACCUGACCAGCGCAGAGUUAGCUAAUGAUUUAGAUGUGAUGGAUGAUGCCAACAUGUGCAUUGCCUCAGCUAUCUCUCUGCUGAUGAUACUCAUAUGUGGGAUGGCAACAUAUGGUGCAUACAAGUUGCGUGCUGCCUGGAUCAUCCCAUUUUUUUGCUACCAGAUCUUUGACUUUGCACUCAACACACUGGUCGCUGUAAGCAUUGUGGUUUAUCCAAACACGAUACAAGAUUACCUGCAGCAAUUGCCUGACAAUUUCCCUUACAAAGAUGAGAUUGCUGCCCUGAGUAACGUGUGUUUGGUUCUCAUUGUGCUGAUAUUCAUCAGCUGUAUUUUGGGCUUUAAGCUUUACCUGAUAGCCUGCGUGUGGAACUGCUACAGAUAUGUGUGCAGCCGCGGCACUGCUGAAAUCCUGCUCUAUGUCACAACCAAUGACACAACGGUCCUGCUUCCUCCCUCUGAAGACGGUCUGGGUGUUCCUAAUAAACAGGGUGCUCCUCUGUCCUCAUCCACAAUGACAGCAUGA